GGCCUCGCGCGCGGUCGGGUGCACCGAGGGCCCGAUCCGCUGGCUGGUCGGGCCCCCGCGCGCCGCCUCCUACCGCUCCGGGGACCCCAAGAUGGCGGGCCUGGGCGGCAGCGCAAGCAGGCCAGCGCGGACUCACAGGGCUCCAGCCCCAGCCAGAACCGCCUGGCGCUGAGGCCCAACCCUGCUGGCGGUGGCGACGACUUCUUCCUGGUGCUGCUAGACCCGGUGGGUGGCGACAUGGAGAGCGCGGGCGCAAGCCAGGCUGCUGGGCCGGUGUGCAGGGAGGAGGCCGCGCCAGGCCUGAAACUCCAGGGGCGUGAACGCCGAGCGAGCCCCGCGGGCCGCCCUGAACUGAGCCCCUGCUGCCUAACCGCUGGCCCGGCCCCGGCCCCGGCCCCGGCCCCGGCCCCGAUCCAGAUCGCGAUCCCGAUCCCCGCCCCAAACCCCGGCCCCGCUCAGGCCUUCUCUGGCACGGUCAGGAUCCACAACCAAGACCUGCUGUUGUGCUUUGAGAACGGGGUCCUCACCCUGGCCACGCCCCCACCGCCCACCUGGGAGUCUGGGGUGGUGUCCACCCUGCAGGCCGGAGGUCUAGUCCCACAGCCAGGAGAGCUGCAUGCCACGCAGCCUGGCAACUGCCCAGAGCUGCCUCCUGACCUCUUACUCGCCGACCAGCCAGAGCCAGUGCCUGUUCAGGUGCCCAAGGAGAAAGUGGAGUGCACUGCCCAGGCCGACAGCCCCCAUGGACCACUGAACCUGGGCUCAAGCAUGGUGCUGUUCAUGUGCCCUGAGGCGCAGUGCGAGCAGACCUUCGCCAAGAAGCACCAGCUGAAGGUGCACUUGCUGACACACAACAGCAGCCAGGGUCAGAGGCCCUUCAAGUGCCCCCUGGUUGGCUGUGGUUGGACCUUCACCACCUCUUACAAGCUGAAGCGGCACCUGCAGUCCCAUGACAAACUGAGGCCCUUCGACUGCCCUGCGGAGGGCUGUGGCAAGAGCUUCACCACUGUGUACAACCUCAAGGCACAUAUGAAAGGCCAUGAGCAGGAGAACUCAUUUAAGUGUGAGGUGUGUGAGGAGAGCUUCCCCACGCAGGCCAAGCUCGGCGUCCACCAGCGCAGCCACUUUGAGCCAGAGAGGCCCUACCAGUGCGCGUUUUCUGGUUGCAAGAAAACAUUUAUCACAGUGAGUGCCCUGUUUUCCCAUAACCGUGCCCAUUUCAGGGAACAGGAACUCUUUUCUUGCUCCUUUCCUGGCUGCAGCAAACAGUAUGACAAGGCCUGUAGGCUGAAAAUUCACCUGCGGAGCCACACUGGUGAGAGACCUUUCCUUUGUGACUUUGAUGGCUGUGGCUGGAACUUCACCAGCAUGUCCAAACUCUUAAGGCACAAAAGGAAACACGAGGAUGACCGGAGGUUCACGUGCCCGGUGGAAGGCUGUGGGAAAUCUUUCACCAGGGCUGAGCAUCUGAAAGGUCAUAGCAUAACCCACUUGGGCACAAAGCCUUUCAUGUGCCCCGUGGAAGGCUGCCAUGCCAGGUUCUCUGCUCGCAGUAGUCUCUACAUUCACUCUAAGAAGCACCUGCAGGAUGUGGAUACUUGGAAAAGCCGUUGCCCAGUCUCCACUUGUAAUAGACUCUUCACAUCCAAGCACAGUUUGAAGACCCACAUGGCCAAAAGGCACAACCUUGGCCAGGAUCUCUUAGCUCAGCUAGAAGCUGCAAAUUCUCUUACACCCAGCAGUGAACUUACCAGCCAGGGACAGAGCAAUCUCAGUGAUGUAGACCUCGUGUCUCUCUUCUCUGAUGUGCCUGGCAAUAGUUCUGCUGCAAUGCUGGACUCCGCUUUGGUGAACUCUGGAAUUUUGACAAUUGAUGUGUCAUCUGUGAGUUCAACCCUGGCAGGAAACCUCCCUCCUAAUUAUAAUAAUUCCUUAGGGCAGGCUGUGGACCCUCGGACCUUGAUGGCCACCAGUGACCUUCCUCAAAGUCUGGAUACAUCUCUCUUUUUUGGAACAACGGCUUCAGGUUUUCAGCAGAACACCUUAGAUAUAGAUGAUGUCCCAAGUGUAAGUACAGGACCAUUGCGGUCUCUGGGCUCUCUGGCUAUCAAGAAUCCUAGUCAGGAGCCCCAAGCUCUGACCCCCAGCAAUAAGUUAACAGUGGACACAGAUGCUCUGACUCCUUCAAGCACCCUUUGUGAGAACAGUGUCUCAGAACUACUGACACCAGCCAAAGGGGAAUGGAAUGCACAUCCUGAAUCUGAUUUCUUUGAACGGGAGGAAGAAACUCCAUUUGGUUUCUCCAGUCCAGCAGGAAAAGAGGGUUCUCAGAGAGAAACAGAUCUUAUCACGGUGACUGGAAGCUCAUUUUUGGUAUGAGCUCUACAUCAUCCCAUGGUUUACUCCUAGUACACUCUGUGUUGAGGGUAUUCUGGACUAAAUGUUCAAAUGCAGUCGUUUCUUACUGGUUUGCAAAAGAAUAGAUCCCUGGACUGCAAGUUGGAGAUUUAAUUUCUGAUCUUGAGUGUAGAACUGCCAAGUUUUAUGACCGUGACUGAGUCACUUGAUCUAACUGAGCCUUAAUUUCCUUACAUAUAAAGUGAGAGGGUUUGCAUAGAUAGCUUUUUCCCCUAAGGUCUUUAUCUGCUGUGUGAUUCCAUGAGAAUGUUUCUUUCCUUGAAAAUUGCUUACCUUUUAGUGAUAAUGUGGCAUGUUUUUCCCCCUGCAUAUAUUUCAGACAUACCCUUCAUCCUACUCCAAUAAUCAUCAAAUCAUGAAUGAUCAAUUUUAACUACAUCCUACUCCCUCAUAUUUUGAAACAUGUACCAGGCAUCACAUCAUUACAUUUAUAAAUAUUUGUAGCACAUAUCUAUAAAAAGUAUGAUGUCUUUUGAAAUAAAGCUGCAAUUCUUUUUAUCACAUUUAAUGCUAACAGUAGUACCAGACAAUAUAUGUUCAGUCAAAUAUAAAUUGUCUCAUAAAUGAAAAGUGUUUCAAUAAUGUUUAUAAUCAUGAUUCCCAAAAAUUCUUUAGUGUUUUUUAAAUCUAUAUAUUACUUUUAUCUGUUUUUCCUUGUAAGUUUCUUUGUGGAAGAAUGAAUUUAUUCCACUUGUAAUAUUUGUCAAAAUCCAAGUAUGUAAGUUUCUCUACCUUCUAUUUUCUGAAAUUGUAGUGCUUGAUUAAACAGAAUUGUUGGGAAAAGAAUACUUCAUAGGUGGUGUGUUCUUUUAUUAGUUUGCCCAUAAUGUCUGGUUUUCUCACCUUUUGUGAGAUUAGCAACUGAUGACAUAUGAUCACCUGUGCUUCUGUGAUGAAUUGUCCCUAUAGAGUUACAAAUCAUCAGGGGGAAAGGAAAUGCUGGAUAUGGUAUUAUUAAAAUUUAAUGAAAAUAUUAUUCAAUACCAAAAUGUUGCUUAGUAGUAGUGCUAACUAGAAAAAAAUUCUCUUUAAAAAUAUGUUCGCUGAUAUCAUUGCUUAUCUUCAUCAUACUUUGCCUUUUGAUGAUGGAGUCUAUUGUGAUACUGGAAUAGAAAAUGAUACCCCAUGACUUCUAGAUGAAACCAUCUUAGAUUUAAAGUUUCACUAAACCUCGGCUUCUUAGCUGCAAAAUGUUCAUAGCAGUGGUUGCACAUUAUCUGGCACAUCUUGUGUGUUUUUUUCCUUCAGUUUUUCAUAUGUAAGGGUAUAUAUAUGUUUGGCCAUGUUUUGAUAUUUUUUAUCAUCUUUUUACCUUUUCAGGUACUUCUGCUCUAAGGGGGAAAUCAGGAUUAUUUAAUACUAUGCAUGUGCAAACAAUAAAAAUUUUAGCUAGCAUUGUUUCCCAAAAUGGGCAACACUGCGCCCUCUCAGGCUCUGAAAUGAUCCAGGGAGACUUGUGAAAGCAGACACUUACACUUUAUCCUGGAUUAUGGGCUAUUGUACAAAUUUUUUCAUUAGCAAGGGGAUGCUGAGUAAGUAUUUUUUGAAAAAGGGAUCAAUGCCAUUCACUGCCAUCGAGUCAAUGCCUACUCAUAGCGACCUUAUAGGACAGGGUUGAACUGCCUCUUAGUUUCUACUCUACAGGAGUAGAAAGCCCUGUCUUUGUCCCACCAAAAGAAGGUGGUAGGCCAAAAAAGUAGGAUCCACAUAUUUAUAGGAUUUUAGAGUGAAAUACAAAAGUGGAUCUCCCUUAUUUUUUACUCCACAGAAUAAUUUUAACCACAAAAAUUGUGAGGAAAUGCCAGGAAUGCUGAAAUUGCUCAUAUGUACAUUCUGCAUACCUCUCCAUUUGAUGGGUUAGCUCUGUUUUUGAAGUCAGGCUUCAUUGUCCUUGGAGCCAGGUUUUCCAUGAAAAUCUUUGAUGAUAGAGCAUAAUAUGUUUCUUUUUCUCUGUGCUCUAAAGAGCUCACUGUUCGCAAGUUCCAGAACUUGAAGGAAAGACUGAAAUUGAAGAUUGUGUGAAUAUAUUCUGCCAUAUAUGAGUGUAGCAUUUUGUGGUUCAGAAGAACCCUGUGUGGUAGUUUUGGAAAAGACUGUGCUAUGACUUAUAGCUGAACUACCUCACAUCCCAACUGAGCUUAGGAUCUCAAAAAAAACCUCACUGCCGUCAAACAACUUCUGACUCAUGACAACCCUAUAGGGCAGUGUAGAACUGCCCCUGUGGCGUUCUGAGACUGCAAUCUUUUACAGAAGUAGAAAGCCUCAUUGUUUCCUUAAGGAGUAGUUCCUAAAUGCACAUAACCACUACACCACUAGGGCACCUGGGCUUUGGUCAGUGAAUGACAAUUCUAUGUAUGAUUUAAAGCAAGCAAGGGGAAAAAAAAUUCACUUCUCCCAUUUUACACAUCUACCUUGUAUGAUACAUUCCUAUUUCAUACCUACCCUGAACAACUGCUGUUUUAUACUUUAAUUGGUUUCUAUUCCAUUCUGCUUGCUUUCUCACCAUUCCACUCCCUUGCAUGUGUACUCCAAUUCUUGCCACUCCUUUCAUUUUUGUUUUGUUUUUGAAUGGAUAGGUUGUUUUUCCCUGCCACCAUCCCUCAGCUGUUCUCCUUGCCUUUUUUCUUUCAAUGAUAUCAUUUGCUGAGUAUGCACUACCGGUGUGUGCACUACAGGUAUGUGUACAGUAAGAUGUUAUUCUCUGAGGUGAUAUAUAUGUAUAUAUGUAUGACUCAGAAGGUAGAGAUUAUUUUAUAUACUUUUCAAUUGAGAAGUGGAUUUUCUGUUUAUUUUUUUUUUAAAGUUUUGUUGAACUCUCCUAAUACCCUUAUUUGCUUCUCAUAAGUUCUAGUCUAGUAGUGUUUGCUUGUGGAUGUCUGUAGGUGAUAGUUAUUGUAGAAUUGUGACGGUGUACUAAAAUUUUUCCAAUUUGAAAUGUUUUUGCAUGGUGUGUAUGUGUGCAUGAACACACACAUAUUUUAAGUGAUUGUAUUCAUUUAGUGCAAAAGCAAAAAGUGGACAUAUAUUAGUAAAUCAAAGAAAUACUCAGAAUUUUAUUGUAUCUAUCCACUCAAAAGGUCAGUUUGGAAUACUUGUACUCUUCUCUUUGGAAUACUUGUACUCAGUUCAUUUCAAAAUUAUAUUGUCAUUCAUUCCUUUUUUAAAAUAGACCGCUAUUUUUGUGUCCCACAACAAAUAUGUCAAGGAUUGAGAUGAAUACGCAGGUCUCAGAUCAUAAAAUAAAUUAUUUAAAUACAAAAAGAA